AUGCCCCCGUAUAGAAUGGAUAGAAGGUCUGCUAGAAUAAAAGCAGAGUUAGAAAGAUAUGGUUGGAAAGUUUCAAAGAAGUUUAAAUAUAGGAAGGGAAGACCCAUAAAAGUCUAUGACAAACUGGCUGGUCUGACCUAUGAAAUGGACUUAGAAACCGCGCGCGCAAAUUAUCCAAACAGACUAGAGAGGUUAGAAGAAGAACGUCUUAUGGACAUGCCUUUCGAUGUUAGUGAGCCUCAAGUUGAGGGACACGACGGCUUUGCCAGAUUCUAUUGGAAACAUGACGAACAAUUGCAUCCUUUGAGACGGAAAAAAGGGAAGGGUGAAGACAAACAUGCUCCCAUGGAAAGAACAA